AUGACUCCACCCGUGAUGGAUCAACCGCACCAGACCUCCUCGACGCAGCGAGGGCGCCCUCGACAGCGCUCGGCAGUCGCCUGUACCUGGUGUCAUUCCCGGCGCGUGAAGUGCAAUGCUGCGGCCAAAGGGACGCCAUGUUCCAAUUGCGAGGCCGCCGGGCGCAGCUGCAUCCUUAUCGAGAGCAAAAGAGGCAAGAAGAGGAAAGUGUCGACCUCUCCCUCCUUUGCCGCUCAACGCGACCUGUCAAGCAUCGCACGGGCUUCCCCGGUAGAGGAGACGAGCCCGGCGCAGCAUGGCAAUGUCUACGAUCCUCUCAAGGGUGUGAGGAAGAACCAGCCCAAGAGUCUGCGGGAGAGCCGUCCUCGAACGGCGUCCACCUCCACGACGUGUGUCCCUGACAAACCUGAUCUGGCAGCCCAGGACUCGCAAGAAACACUCUAUGCUCAAGUGCUCGACAAGGCCACAAACACGGGCAUAGCCCCGGACGUCAAAGAAGGAGUUGUCCAUGUCAUGUACAUGGGGGAGACGUUCAAUUUGACGCAUCUCUUGCGGCAGACCAAUCCUGACUCUGCUCGGUCUACACGCAAGAGGCACUACGUGGUCCGGUUCAAUCCCAAGAAUCGAACGGCCAGUUCUGUCGAGGAAGAGGACCAUGUGCUCACGUCGUUCCUGCAGCAUCAAGGCUGCUUCACCCUCCCGUCUGUCCAUACUUGCUACCAGCUGUUCCAGACCUAUUUCGAAUAUGUCCAUCCUCACUAUCCCAUCAUUGAUCGCGAGGAUUUUGCUGCCCAGUACACUGAUCUCAAAACCCCAGCUUCGUACCUGCUGCUACAGAGUGUCUUAUUCAUGGCCUCGGGACACUGCGAGCUAUCUGUCCUGGUCGACGCGGGGUUCGAAUCAAGAUACCACGCUCGGAAGACGUUCUUCCAGCGAGCAAAGGCCCUGUACGACAAUGACCAUGAACCGAACAAGGUCACCGUCGUCCAAGCCGUAUUCCUGAUCAGCUUCUGGUGGAAUGGACCGACGGAUCAAAAGGACACAUGGCACUGGCUGGGCAUCGCAAUCAGCCUCGCGCUGACGCUGGGCAUGCACCGAUCGACGCAACAUUCCGACAUGAAACCAAGAGAUCGGUGCCUGUGGAAGAAGAUUUGGUGGUCACUCUUCGCCGAAGACAAGCAUGCCGCGACCGCGCUGGGCCGACCGGUCCAUACCCGACGAAGAGACUGCGAUGUUGAACCCCUCGCUAUCACGGAUUUCGACGAGCUUCCCGUCUCCAGAUCAGACAUCUUCGGCAGCCCUGAACGUGUCGACGGGCUCUAUGUCAUUGCACUGGUCGAGCUUUCUAUGAUUGCCGAGAGCAUCGUCGAGAGAUCCUUUACCGCCUUCAAUGCUACGACCUCGGACAAUGCUGACAUGUUCCAGUCUUGCUCCCAAGCAUUGGAGCAAUGGAAGUCGGGGCUCCCGCUCGAACUGCGGAUCGAAUACACCAGCAGCUGUCUCUGGACGAGCAUGCUGCAUAUUGCACACAGUUGGUUCGAGAUCGUCACCCACCGGUCCAUCUCACCGCAGAACUUGUCUCCACCGUCGAUGAAGACGGCGCACUUUCUCGCCAUGGACGCGGCGAACCGCAUGGUGCGCAUUGUCGAAGAGCUUCUGUCGCAGUCGCACAUCUUGCACUGCCCGAUCCACAUAGUCCCCGCGCUGUUCGCCGCCAUGGGCAUGCAAGCUGUCGACAUCUGCUCGGGCCAGUCGAUCCUGGAACAACUGGGCGUUGUGAAAGUGAGACUGGCCAUGAUCGCCCUGCGCGAGCUGCAGAGCACCUGGCCCGUGAGCGGCUGGAUCUUUCGCCUGUUUGCAAAGAUUGUGCGCCGAAUCCGCAAUGGCGACGAGCUGCUCCCCAACGAGCCAGUUAAUGCCUCACCGCCGGUGCAGAUGAAGAGCCACCAACUCACCACCGAGGAUACGAGUCCUGCGAUGGCACAGAGCGAGGUGAUGGAGCAGCCAGCACUAGUCAACGGCAAGUCUCAAUACGGAGGACAAGACCCGAGCCUCACGGCGCCCAUGUACGCGAUGUCCACGACCCAACCCGCCGGCGCAGGCCGAUACUUGUUUCCCGACGCGUCGAACCUGGCUAUGCCGGUGAGUUAUCCGGCAGACUGGGGCACGAUACUCGACGAUGGCGCAUGGGGUGACUUGGAGUACGAAUUUUAG